GUUUCAGACUCCCUCACCUCCACUUCCAAUCCUUCGAACGGCUGGACCUUCGACAGUUUCUACUUGCUUUCAGAGAGGACUUGAAGACACAGAUCAUGGAGGUCAACAGUCAGCAGUCCGGGGAUGCAGGACUAGUGUUUGAUGCUCUUGAUAUCGAUUUGGUAGUGAAAGUGUUGUCGCACACAGCGUUCAGUCCAUUCUUUGUCUUCUUUAUACCCAUAUUUUACAUCUUCCAAGGAGGUAGGAUCCAGGAUCCUCAAGUUAUAGGACCCUUCAUCUAUUGGGUCUUACUUUCCCUCUUCUGGCUUGUGAAAUGGUAUUCUUUAUUGUAUCGGAAUCAGGGCAAACUGUUGUUUGCGCCAGUCCCUCUGGAUUGGGGUGAACAGAUCGUGGUCAUCACUGGCGGUGCAUCUGGUAUUGGGGAACUCAUUGCCAAUACGCUGGCUGUACGAAAUGUUACUGUGGUCGUACUGGACGUCAACCCUAUCGUCACCGAAAACUACAACAUUGUCUACUACAAGUGUGACGUGUCAAAAUGGGAGGAAGUGGAGGCGGUCCAGAAGAGGAUUGUUGAAGAGCUUGGUCAUCCUACCAUAAUCAUCAACAAUGCUGGCGUAGUUCAAGGCAAACUUUUGUUGGACCUGACUCCCGAAGAUGUCAAACGAACUUUCGACGUUAAUACUUUAGCCCAUUUCUGGGUUCUAAAGGCUUUCCUGCCGGAAAUGAUCAAGCAACGCGCUGGUCAUGUCAUCACAGUUGCUUCGGUGACUGGAUUAAUCGGUAUCGCCCAGAUGACCGACUACAAUGCUUCAAAGGCUGCAGUCAUCUCCCUCCACGAAUCCCUUCGUUAUGAGCUUGACAAGCGGUACAACGCUCCUCAAGUUCGAACGACGCUGGUUCUGCCUGGCCACGUCUUAACACCGCUUUUUUCCAGCGUCCGCUUGCCUACAAAUUGGUUGUACAGGUUUUUCGUACCGUCUAUUCCUCCUAUCACAGUCGCCAAGGCCGUGAUUGCUGCUCUCGAUGAUCAACAUUCCCAAACCAUUUGCCUACCUUUCUACGUCCAUUUCACACCAUAUAUGAAACUCUUCCCAAGUUUUGUGAGGGAUUUCGCACAAUGGCUCUCAGGUGCCGAUUACGCCAUGAAGGGCUUCGGACAAACAGAGAAUACAGAUAAACGAGAUUGAUGCAUGCCGAGAUAACAUCAGUCGUGGCAGCGCGACGUCACUGGAGGAAGCGAGACCUUCCCGCUACUGACGUAUCUACCUGCACCGAUCCUUGUUUUCUCUACUGUGUCAAUUGGAAAUCCAGGCCGAGGAUCACUGUCGAUAUAGUCGCUUGAUAUAAUCGCAUGUCAAUUCGUAUGCAUAACCUGGAACAACAGCCACCCUGUCAAGCCACAAUCUAUAUUGUAGCUGUCAUAGCCUUGGACACUCC